GGGUUUGAGCCGCCCACAAAAGACGGCAUGGACAAAAAGCGCAAGCUGAUUGAGGAGGAGGAGAAGCGGCUGUGGCGGCAGGUGGAGAGUCGGGCGCUGGACGCGGCGGCGGCGGCGCGGGUGGAGUUCCGCAAACGGCGCGACGCCGAGCUGCUGGCGGCGGCGCGGCAGGUGGUUGCUGACAGGCGCAAACCCGACCUGAUUGCGGCGCUGCCGGUGGCGGACUCCCGGCCCGGCGCAUACGCCUGGUGCGGCGGGCCGCCGCGGGCCGGCGCCCGGGCCUUCCUGGCCUACAACAAGAUACAGGGCGGCCAGGGCGGUGGCCUGCCCCACGCCGGCUCCGGCAUUCGGGUGCACAUGGGGUACGACAACUGGUGGAACAAGAUAUCCCAGACCAUCGACCUGUCCCCUCUGAGUCCCGAGGACGCCGCUGCCAAGGGUCUGCCGAGCGGGCAGGGCGCGCAGUGGUGGGGGUGCUGGGUGGAUGUGCCGUACAGCGCAGCCGUACUCAACUUCGUGUUCAGCGACCGGGAGCAGCGCAUGUGGGACAACAACAACCAGCGCGACUUCCACACUGCGGUGGCGGGCGCACACAGCGGCGAGGAGCUGGUGGAGAUGCUGUACGGCGCCAUGAAGAAGGACAGCGCUGAUGCGGACAAGGAGGUUGAGGACCGGGCGGCGCUGCGGGCGGUGCGCAAGGUGGAGGCCAAGGGUCUGACCAUGCGCAAGCGGCGUGAGGUAGUGCACGAGUUCCUGUACACCGUACCACUCAGCCCCAAGGCUGGACAGGUGGUGGACGUGUACUACCGGCCCGAGGCCACCAUGCUGCGAGGCCGGCCCGAGAUAUGGCUGCGCGCCAGCUGGAACCGCGGCAGCGCCAACACCGGGGCGGGGGGCGCCGCGCAGCUGCGGCCGGUGACGGCUCGGCUGCUGCCCUGCCUGCCGGGCGGGCUGGGCUUCUACAAGGCCACUGUGCAGGUCCCUCCCUCCGCCUGGGGCCUGGACCUGUCCUUCAGCGACGGCGAGGCCAUGAGCGGCAGCGGCUUCCUGGACGACAACGGCGGGCUGGAAUACCACGUGCCGCUGGAGGGAAGCGCCAAGCCGCGGCAGAUGCUCAAGAUCGUGCAUGUGGCUGUGGAGAUGGCGCCCAUUGCCAAGCGCUCGUACGCCUCCGCCCGCGCCGCCAGCACCUUGUCCUCCGUGGGCGCGUCCGCCAGAGGCAGCUCGUAGUCCUGGGGGGGGGGCGGGUGGGUGGGCAGGGUUUGGGUUGGGUUGGGUGGGUGGGUUGGUGGGUAUGUGUAUAGGGUGUGUGGUAUGUGGGUGUGGGUAUGGCUGUGUGGUUGGGUAGUAGGUUGGGGGAGGGUGACCGUCCGUGAAACAACGGAAUGAGAGGGAGGGGGAGAAGGAAACAUGUGUUGCAGGAACUGAGGGACGGAGGGGA